CCAGCGGGUCCCUGAAGAGAGAACGACCUUCUUCUCAGCGGCGGUCUCGCGCCUGCGCGUUCGGCCUCUUCCCAGCAGCCUUUGCGGAGGGCACUCUGCGGGCGCGUCUUAGCAGCCGCAAGAUGGCGGAACCACCCGUACCUAUUAAAAAUUUGAGGCUCCUGGAUGUGAAACUGGGUCAGCUGCCCACCUGGAUAGCAUCACUGAACUAUACCCCCAGAGCAUUUCUGGAAUCAUGCAAGAGAGGCCACAACAGGUUCUAUUCAAAAUACUGGGAGCCGAAGAGGUGUGGCAUCAGCGGUCCCGCCAUGUUAAUUACCGCUUACGUGGUUUUCAGCUACUAUUUAGUGUAUGAUCGCCUCAAGGAAGAGCGCUGGAGAAAAUAUCACUAGGAUUUCCCCAUACAAGAAUACAAGUUCUCUUGCUGUGAUCAGUCAACCACAGGCAACUGACCUCUGUAUUUCUCUUACAAAGUUAUCAAAUGUACGCCGAGACCAAUAAUAAAAUAAUUCAAUCUGUG